AGUGGUUUGCUAGCAGAGCCUAAAAAUGUAUCGCACUGAAAACCUAUUUUUCUGUCAGUUUGCUCUACUGGCUACACUGAUGUUUCUACUUUGUGGAAACGUCUCUACAAUCGCAGGGGUGGAUGAGUGUCAAGUGACUCCCGUAAUACACGUUCUGCGCUAUCCAGGCUGUUUUCCAAAACCAAUACCAAGUUUUGCAUGCACUGGUCGUUGCAGCAGCUACUUACAAGUGUCAGGUUCGAAAAUUUGGCAAAUGGAAAGAAGCUGCAUGUGCUGUCAAGAGAGCGGCGAGAGAGAAGCGAGCGUGUCGCUGUUCUGUCCGAAAGCGAAACCAGGCGAAAGAAAAUUCCGAAAGGUGGUGAUUACCAAGGCACCUCUUGAGUGCAUGUGUCGACCCUGUACCGGAGUCGAAGAGUCUGCUAUAGUCCCACAAGAGAUUGCUGGAUUUGCAGAAGAGGGUCCAUUAACAACGUCGGCUCAUUUUAGACGAUCACCCGGUUUACAGUAAGAUUCCGACCUUCCCGGAUCUGGACCCCGGACGACUAAUUAAUUAAUACUUACAAAAUAAUGUUUCAUGUAUCUUGGUCGAGGCGAAUUCUUGAUUGUUUGCUACCUAUUCAAGCGAUGGUUUAUAAUAAAUAUUGAUACCCAGAAAGCGAACCUAUUUUCGUAUAAAUUACAACAUAAAACAAAUUAUAUACCCCUAAUUAUAUUAUUCUAACGUUUUCUAACCAUUUAAUAAAAAAAUUGAAACGGAAAAAACACAAGUAUGAGAAAUGUUUUUUUCGAUUUCAAGUAACAAUGAAGAAUAUCCUGAUAAAUUAAUUUGAUUAGAGAAAUGUGAGAUGGAAAACUGAUAUUAUUAUCUGACGUUAUCAAGAGAUUUAAGACGAAUUUUUCUCUCUGCAUCCAACACCACACAUAAUUCUUCCUUUUCCAUAAAGACAGGUAAAGAGAAGACUAUACUUCUGUAUACAUAUAUUGUGUUCUUGUAGAAUCAAACUUUUGACAGUGAAAAUGAUUAAAAUACCUGACCUAUCUUCUCCGAAUAAGAAUUCAUUACAAAAUAAAUUACAGAUGAAAAUGAAGUUUUUGACGAUUGGAUAAAAAUACUGCACCAAAAAUAAUCCUCAAUUUUUAGGAACGUAAGGUGAAAUCAAACAUAGUUAAAACUUACUGCAUUUAUAAAAUCUUCAAUCUUCUUCAGUUCAACAUCUCUGCGAUUUUCAUCGAUGGUAUUCUUUUCAUUCGUAUCUCAAUGAAAAUAUAUUCGAUAUAAUAAAUAUUGAUUGUAGAUAAAAUAUUCUGCAAUUCAAGAGUAUACUAUUCAGACUCUUUCCCCUUCAUUUCAUUCUGUUUUCUAUUUUUAAUCAGCGAUAAGUAAAUUAUGUGGACUAUAUCGAUACUUGGAUCAGAGUCGUAUAGAGAUUGGAUA